GCUCCCCGCUGCCGGCCAUGGCCCCGGACCGGCCCCCGCCGGCGUUCGCCGAGGCUGGGCGGCAGAGCGGGCUGCAGGUGUGGCGCGUCGAGCGGCUGGAGCUGGUGCCGGUCCCCGCCAGCCGCCACGGCGACUUCUUCGUGGGGGACGCGUACCUGGUGCUGCGCACCUCCCGGCCCGCCGGCGCCGCCGCCGCCGCGUACCGCCUCCACUACUGGCUCGGGAAAGAAUGUACCCAAGAUGAAAGCACAGCUGCAGCUAUCUUUGCUGUUCAAAUGGAUGACUACUUAGGAGGAAAGCCUGUGCAGAGUAGAGAAAUUCAAGGAUAUGAGUCAACUGAGUUUGUGGGCUACUUCAAAGGAGGAAUUAAAUACAAGGCAGGUGGUGUUGCCUCUGGAUUUAAUCAUGUUGUUACUAAUGAUCUGAAUGCUCGGAGGCUUCUGCAUAUCAAGGGCCGGAGAGUUGUAAGAGCCACAGAAGUUCCCUUGGCUUGGACCAGCUUCAACAGAGGAGAUUGUUUCAUUAUUGACCUUGGAGCUGAAAUCUAUCAGUGGUGUGGCUCAUCAUGCAAUAAAUACGAGCGUCUGAAGGCUACUCAAGUUGCCGUUGGCAUUCGGGACAACGAACGAAAUGGAAGGUCUAAAUUAAUUACUGUGGAAGAAGGGAGUGAACCAGAACAGCUCAUAGAGGUUUUAGGGAGCAAGCCAGAGCUGCCUGAAUGUGAUGAUGACGAUGAUGAGCAGGCUGAUAUUACAAACAGGAGAAGCGCUAAACUAUAUAUGGUAUCAGAUGCAAGUGGAUCCAUGAAAGUAUCCUUGGUAGCAGAGGAAAACCCCUUCUCCAUGGCUAUGCUUUUGUCUGAGGAGUGCUUUAUUUUGGACAAUGGUGCUGCAAGGAAGAUCUUUGUGUGGAAAGGCAAAGAUGCUAACCCACAAGAGAGAAAAGCUGCCAUGAAGAAUGCUGAACAAUUCAUACAGCAGAUGAAUUAUCCUGCCAACACACAGAUUCAAGUCCUUCCUGAAGGAGGAGAAACGCCAAUUUUCAAACAGUUUUUCAAAGACUGGAAGGAUAAAGAUCAAAGUGAUGGCUUUGGCAAAGUGUAUGUCACAGAGAGAGUGGCUAAAAUUGAGCAGAUUGAAUUUGAUGCUACCAAGUUACAUGAGUCUCCACAAAUGGCUGCCAAGCAUAACAUGGUAGAUGACGGUUCUGGGACAGUAGAGAUCUGGCGUGUGGAAAGCAGCGGCAGAGUUCCUGUGGGACCUGAGACAUAUGGACAGUUCUAUGGUGGUGACUGCUACAUUAUCCUCUAUACUUACCCCAAAGGGCAGAUCAUCUACACAUGGCAAGGAGCCCAUGCUACAAAAGAUGAACUGACUGCAUCUGCAUUUCUGACUGUUCAGCUGGAUCGCCUAUUGAAUGGUCAGGCUGUGCAGAUUCGAGUCAGCCAAGGCAAAGAGCCUGCACAUUUACUGAGCUUGUUCAAAAACAAACCACUCAUUGUCUACAAGGAUGGGACAUCCAAGAAGGAAGGUCAGAAACCUGCUCCACCCACACGACUCUUCCAAGUUCGCAGGAACCUGGCAGCCAUUACAAGGAUUGCAGAGGUUGAUGUUGAUGCAACGUCACUUAACUCUAAUGAUGUCUUCGUUCUGAAACUGCCAAACAACUCUGGCUACACCUGGGUAGGAAAAGGAUCAAACAAAGAAGAGGAGCAAGGAGCUCAAUAUAUUGCCAGCAUUCUUAAAUGCCAGAGUGCUAAGAUUAAUGAAGGCCAGGAACCCGAGGAAUUCUGGAAAGCACUUGGAGGUAAAAAAAAAUACCAGACUUCAUCACAGCUCUCGACAAAGGCUGAAGAUCAUCUCCCUCGCCUAUACGGUUGUUCUAAUAAGACUGGCAGAUUUAUUAUUGAGGAGGUCCCAGGAGAAUUCACUCAGGAUGAUUUGGCUGAAGAUGAUGUCAUGUUGCUGGAUGCUUGGGAGCAGGUUUUUGUCUGGAUUGGGAAGGAUGCAAAUGAAACCGAGCGACAGGAAUCUGUUAAAUCUGCCAAACGCUAUAUUGAAACAGAUCCUUCAGGCAGAGAUAAGGGGACCCCCAUUGUAAUUGUGAAGCAGGGGCAUGAACCCCCAACAUUCACAGGCUGGUUCCUGGCUUGGGACUCCAACAAAUGGAAGAACUAGUCUGUCCAAGGAGGCUUCAGCUUCAGGGCAAAGAAUGAUCAGAGCCCAACUACUUUCUAGUAUUUUUAAGCAUGAGUUUAUGCAAAAAUAUGAUGCAUCUGUUGUUACACUUUCCCAAGCUUUGAUGUAUUCUGGUGAAUAACCUAGAAAUUCUUUGCCCUGGAAAGGAUAAAUGAUACUUAUAAACUGGUCAAAUGGGUUGAGUGGGGUUUUUUUAUGUAUUAAAUAUGGAAAGUGCUGCCAAUAAUCUGUUUAAUCUAAUGAUUCUUCAAGCAGAAUCUGUGCAUCAGUUUCUUCUAAUGUGCUCAAAUGGGCAAAUUCUGCCAUCACUUAAAAAUCCAAACUAAUGCCAAAGAGAUUCUUUUAGAUUAAGGUCAGCAUAUUAGUGUGCAGAAUUUCACCUGAUAAAGGACUAAUGCUACAUAUGUUGAAAAGGUAGGGUUGGACAUUAUGUACUUACUAGUGUCAUGUUCACUCACAUUAAACUUCAGAUGAUGCCUGAUCCAGAGUGGGGACUUUGUCUUGUAGGGAGAAAACAAGGGAUGGGUAUUUUGAGAAAGCUGUGCUUGGCAUGUUUGUUUAUAUUGUUAGUACAUAUAUUUGGAACUUCAGACUGAAUGGCUGUAAGAAUAUGAAUGGUUUUUUUGAGGAACUGACUAGCUCACUGCAAUGAAUUUCUUUGGAUUUAUCUCUGUGAACCACCUCCAGCUCCACAAGGCCUUUCUGACAAAAGCUCUUGAACACAUUCUAGUGCACUACUACUUUUAAAUGGAAGCAGAAGUAACAGCUUCAAAAAUACAUAGUCUGCCUUAACAGGAUUGCACUUAAGCCAUACUUUGUCUUGGUUGCCUUACUAAGCAGUACUCAGUUCCUUUCCAGCAUGCAAAUUGCUCACCUUGUCCGGUGCAGGAUGUGUUUCUACAACUAUUCUAUGCCGGUCUUAGUCAAAUAUCAAGUACAUCAAGCACAAGGAUAACCCCUUAAUUCAGUAACAUUCUACAUCCUAGCACUUUGGAGUGUGAGCAGACACUAGAGAUUAUGGCCUCCUCUUUUCUCUCAGGCACAGUUAUUUUGUUGUGGUUUGUUGUUGUUUUUUUUUUAUUCAGGUGAAUUUAAGAAUACACUUUCAUGGCAUUUUUUAUUUGUAGUUUAACCAGAAAAGGCUCCAUAAGGGCAGUGGGAAAAUCUGCUUCAAAUCUUUUAGCACUGCUUUGAACAGUUACCCUCUAAUGCUUGUUUUAAGCAACAAUUUGUACAGCUGUAAAUCAUGUCAGUGUGGCUUUUUACCGAAGGCAUUUUAACGGUUUUAUUAUUCUUACAAAGUUAGUUUGAAAAGUGAAAUUUUAGACUUUUUUGUAUUUUUUUAACAUAAUUGUGAUUUUGAUUCUUGGUCAUGCAAAAAAAUUAAUUUAGUCUGAGCUCAUAAUCAAUAUUAAGGACAAAAGAAUUGUAAAGCUAAGAGAUUAAUUAUAGGAGUUUGCUAGCUUUAAAGAUUUAUGUCAAUCUCUGCAAAUAUAACUGGGCUGUAUCUGAAUGUAAUGUCAUUUAAAUAAAAUUACAAAAACCAGUA